CUUUCAUUCCACCGAGCCACAGUUCAGCUUAUCCCACCCCCGAAGUCAACGAAAGGUCAACGUCUUCCUUUCGUCGUCUUCGGGGAGAAGCCUUUCCCCAAGGUUCUGAAACCCAGUCUCCUCGGAUUAGGUUUGGUCACAUCCAUGGAGUCGAAGAUGCUCUCUCCAGCGGCCCUGAUCUUCCUCUUCCUCCUUCUUUGCCGCGCCGCCGCCGACUCCGACUCCGAUCUCACUGCGGAGCUCCUCGCCCUCCAGUCCCGAUCCCAAUCGGGCGUCAUCCACCUCGACGACCACUCCAUCUCCCGCUUCCUCACCUCCCAGAAGACCCCCAGGCCUUACUCCAUCCUCAUAUUCUUCGAUGCCGAGCAGCUCCACGACAAGCCGGAGCUCCACCUUACCGCCCUGAAGAAGGAGUUUGCCCUUCUCUCUUCCUCCUUCAUCGCCAACAACCAGGACAACCCCAUUGCCCGAUCUAAGCUCUUCUUCUGCGAAAUUGAGUUUAAGCAGUCCCAGUCCAGCUUCGCCCUCUUCGGCGUCAACUCCCUCCCCCACAUCCGCCUCGUGGGGCCCCAUGUCAGGUCCCUCAAAGAGUCGGAUCAGAUGGACCAGGGCGAUUUCUCCCGGCUCGCCGAGUCGAUGGCCGAGUUCAUCGAAUCUAGGACGAAGAUCUCUGUUGGCCCCAUCACCCGUCCCCCCAUUGUGUCCAAGAUGCAGAUCAUGUUCAUCGUAGCCAUCCUCUUGGUCUGGUCUCCUUUCAUGAUCAAGCGGGUCUGGGCUGGGGAGACUCUUCUCCACGACAAGAAAGUUUGGCUCUUCGGUGCAGUCUUCGUCUACUUCUUCAGCGUCGCGGGCACAAUGCAUAACAUUAUCCGGAAGAUGCCCAUGUUUUUGGCGGAUCGGAAUGAUCCCUCGAAGCUCGUGUUCUUCUAUCAGGGCUCGGGGAUGCAGCUCGGAGCUGAGGGCUUUGCAGUGGGGUUCUUGUACACAAUCGUUGGGGUGUUGAUGGCUCUCGUGACUCAUCUGCUCGUUAAAGUUCGUAAUCUCGCGGUUCAGCGGGUUGUUAUGAUUCUUGCUCUCUUGAUCUCGUUCUGGGCGGUGAAAAAGGUCGUGUACUUGGAUAAUUGGAAGACAGGAUACGGGGUGCAUGCAUUCUGGCCUUCCAGUUGGUAACUCGGUUCAUGCCGGUGAGAAAUGUGAUUGUGCUGAGACUGAUUUGGCGAAGAUUUUGUUGCUGAGACUGAUUUGUAAUAGUUAUUUGAGCAUAAUAAUUCGACACAUGAUCUUUGCUAGGGAUGCACAUACAUAUUAGACUUCUAGGCGGCCACUUCAUGAUUCAGUAUAUCAUAUACGCGCUUGUUUUUCUCUGUGAUAUGAUCAAUGCUUAUAUUGCGACAAGCACAAGUGACGGAAGCCGAUUAUAUAUCUGAAUGUUGAUUAAACUGA